AGACUGGAAGAACAGUGGUUCCUUCCAUAGAAAUAGCAAAGUUUGGAAGACAGGUAUUUUUUAGGGGAAGAAGUUCUGUUUUGAAAAAGUUGAAUUCAAAAUGUCUCCUGCAUAUCCAGCUUGAAAUAUCUAAUAGAUAGUCAAUGAUAAGGAAUAGAAGCUUAGGAAUGAGGCUGGGGCUAGAUGUAAUUUUGAGUCAUCCACAUAGAGAUAAUCAAAUCUAUGGGAAUUGUUGAGAUCAGCAGAAGAGGACUCAGGACAGAGCCUUGGGGCACUCAAUAAUGAGAAGGCAAGUUAUAGUUAAAGAGUCAGCAAAGAAGACUUUGAAGGAGCACUCAGACCAUUAGGAGAAGAACGAGGAGAAAGAAGUGUACCAAAGAGGAAAAAAUAUCCAGGAAGACAGGAUAGUCGACAGUUUUCCAAAGCAUCAAAGGUCAACAAGGAUGAGGAUAGAUAAAAAGACCAUCACAUCAGGCAAUGAAAUAUUGCUGGUAACUUUGGAGGGAGUUGUUUCAGUCAAGUCAAAAGGAUACAAAGAACUGAGGAGUGAGUGAGAAAGGGGAAAUUGAGAGGCAGCCGGAGCAGAGAGCUCCCAGCGCAGAGAGCUGAGCCUGCGGCCGGGCCCAGCCUCUUGAUUGUAGCUUAUUGUCCCAGCACCGAGGACAGCGCCGCUCCUCCUCGGCCCUCAGCAACAUAAACCACGUCGCAGCACGCAGAACCCCCUGCCCGCCUAGGGCCCUGGCCCCGCAGCUCCUCGUUCAGCACCGAGGACAGCGCCUCACACCCAACCCCAUUGCUCCCACCACCGCCUCCGAGCAGCCCGCCGGUGCUCAGCCCGAACAUGGCCACCGAGCAGAAACCAUGUUUGCUGAUUGAAUUCGUUGUGUCUCUGGAGGGUCACAAUCUGCAGGAACUCCGGCGCAGUGCCUCAUUGGCCACUAAAGUCUUUAUCCAGCGAGAUUACAGCGAUGGGACCAUUUGCCAGUUCCAGACCAAAUUUCCCCCUGAGCUGGACAGCCGGAUUGAGCGGCAGCUGUUUGAAGAGACUGUGAAGACUCUCAACAACUUCUAUGCUGAGGCUGAGAAAAUUGGGGGCAGCUCCUACCUAGAGGGGUGUCUGGCCUGUGCCACGGCAUACUUUAUCUUCCUCUGCAUGGAGACCCAUUAUGAAAAGGUCCUCAAGAAAAUUUCCAGAUAUAUCCAAGAGCAGAAUGAGAAGAUCUUUGCUCCUCGGGGCCUCCUUCUCACUGACCCUGUGGAACGAGGAAUGAGGGUUAUUGAGAUCUCCAUCUAUGAGGACCGUUGCAGCAGUGGCAGUGCCAGCAGUGGGAGUUCCAGCAGCAGCGGCAGUGCCAGCAGUGGAGGGGGUGGAGGGGCAGGGGGCCGGUGACUGGCCGAGAGUCCCUGCAGGGAGCUGUACUGCCGGGAUGAGGGCCUCUCAGAUCUUCGUAGGCUGCGCUACCAGAGCACCCGCUUCUGAGUCGCCCUCUCUACCUGCCACUCCAUUGGGGUGGGGUGGGGAGGGAAGAGGGUGGCUGGCCCUGAGAUUAAACUGUGGGCAGCUAACCUCCAGGGGUCUCUGAUGGGAAGGGGACUACUCUUUACUGCUCAGGUGCCCUCACAGUAGGAGUUGUCCCCAUAUGGACAUACCCCUUCCCAGGCCUGACUCCUCUUUGUCCACUGGAGUGUUCUUUUUUGUUCCUCCUGCUAAGGAGGAGUGCCAUGCCUGGGAUACCAUUAAGGGGCUCUUUCCCUCAGAGGGUCUCUCCUAUUGAGGUCCCAUUUCCCUUCCAGCAGCUUCUCUCUUAGAGAUUGCCCAAGAGGGGACCUUCUAUGCCUGAGCUGAGCAGAGGCUAUAAAACCUGGACAAUACCUCACCCUGCAUGAUUCCUUAGCCUAUAGGACCCCAAACACUGGGUUUCUGUACCCCAAAAUCCAAAUGCUUCCCCUGCCAAAUGCAAUGGGUUGACUACACAAACAACUCUCCUAUAUUCUUUUGCCUGCUCUUUCCCUCUAGUGUCUUCCCCAUAAUCUCUCUCCUCUCUUGCUUUCUGACGCUAUCCUGAGGUCUCAUCCUGUCUGUGAACCAUCUUCCCAUAGGAAUUUGGGGCAAUGAAAAUUACAGGAGGACUUCUCUAAUCCAUUCUCUGUGGAGGCUGGAAGGACCAAGUCCCAGGCUUUUCUCAAGGACCUCUCAUCUUUCCAGGAUUGAAAACCUCCCUGACUUUUGCUUUCUUCUCCCUAGCAAAGUGGGCAGGAAGAGAUACUCUGGUCAGGGCCAGGUCCAACAGUAGCAAUAGGCCAAUGGCCAAAGAAAGAAGGGAAGGAAGGCAUUCCCAUGUCUUCCAUGGAGCUUUAACCCAGAGUUAUUAUUUUUUUUAUGGAGAAACUAGUUAUAGGUCUCAGACCUGAAAGAGAAGAGUUUUAGUCUUAGGAGUUUCUACUUCUGUAAUGAAGACUAUCUGCCUGGGAAGGGAACAUUUGCGAGGAAGUGAUGAUUAAAGGGAAAAAUAUGGAACCCUUAUCAUGGCCAGAAUGGAAAUAUUUGGGUCACUGACCCCUAUGGAAGGGAGGGCUCCUUUAGCCUUUGUUCAAUAAUGUAACUAAUGUCAAAGGCAGAGAGAAAUGAGAAGGGGUAGGUUCAAAGGAAGGGAAGGCAAGCCUUACUUUAUUUGUAGGGAACUAACAUGGCUGAGUUCCAUUGUAGUCAUGUCCCUCUAACCCAAAGCUCCCUCUUCUUCUCUAGCUCUGUUCCCUACUAUUCUUGCUUCACUUAUUUCUUUCCCAUUGUAGCUUUGUGUUACUGAGCAGGUUUGUGUGUGUGUCCCCACAUAGGAACUGGGCAGAUAUGUGUGUGUGUGUGAGUGGGAGAUUUAUUCUAUUGAAAGAUGGCAUGUAGUGUUUGAGACUAUAUGUCCCUUCCUACAGGCAGGCUUCCUGGUGCUCUGCCUGUGAUUAUUAGGCUGUGAUUUCCCUGAAAUGUCUUAGUUUCAUAAGUCAGUGACUUUCCCCCUCUUCCCCACUCCCACUCCUAUAUUCUUGUGAAGGUAAAUAGCUGUGGGACUGGGAUCUUACUCUUCUUGACUAGGGGCUGCCAUGCCAGGUGCUAUUACUUCUAGUUUCUCUCCUGUUACUGGGGCUUCUUCCUCCCAGACCCUAAUCUCUACUCUGUAGAAAGGAAAGGAAGGGAAUCAGAUUCCAGGAGGGCAGCUUCAAACUAUUGGGGUUAUGCCACUGGAAGAUUAUACUAUUUAGACCCUCUCCCUUUAGUCCACCACAAAAGCUGUGGUUCUUCUCUAUCCCCCGUCAAUCAGUUCUUCAUGAUGGCUCUGAGUUGGGGACUAUCAACAUGGUAUAGCAUCAGUGGCCCUCCCAGCCACCUAAGAAACCAUUGUAUCUGAAGACAUUGGCUGGAUAAUUGGGGCUUCGCCUGUUGGCAUGCCAAGGACUUGGCUUUUCCAUGGGGGGAAUUCCCAGCUAUGCUGCUGCAAGUGCCACUUGGCUAGAGAAAAAGCAAACUCCUACCCGCAGUUCCUGUAGCAACAAAAACCAGGGAGCAUCUCUCCCCCAAAGCUGAGACACAAGGAAAGUGAAGAGGAUUAUAGCCUGGCCAGUAGGAAACUGGGAACUCAGCCCCCCUCUAAAUUCAUCCCCUCCCCAAAACACAUAUACACAAUGGGGGGGGGAUGCAAAGAAGCAGGUCAUAAAGAACCAGCAAGGAGUUCUCCAAAGUUUGAAAGAACGAUGGAUUCAAUUUCUGCCAACAGAGGAAUGCCACAUGGACACUUGCCCUGGUCAAUAGACCAGUCCAGGCUGCCAUGGCCAGAGAUAGUCAGGGCUAGGUGACUAUGGCUUGUCUCACCUGAGCCACAGGGAUAAGAAGAGCAGAUUUGGCCAUUUCUGGCCCAGCUUGUUAAUGUAUUUUCUGGUUUUAUGGCAGUGUUCCUUAUUUAAAACCAAUGUAUCUCCACCUACCUUAUGGAUGUCCAUGCAUGAAGAACAAAAACGCCUUUUGUUUUUAACCAAUAAAAGGACCUGCUUGACCUUGAA